UAUUUAAUAUAUGUUUCAAACUUUUUUCCAUACAGAUAAAGGAAGAUGAUGAGAAGAAAGAUUUGUGGCUAAUAAUAGCAGUAUUUAGUGCACUACUUGGUGCCAUGACAUCGGUAUUUUUGUUUAAUUGCAUCCGAACACUAAUUCGAGAUCAGAAAAUUAUAAGAGAAACCAUUCGACAAUCAAAAGAGAGUAAGCUGGAUGAAGCAGGUCGCAUGUCCAUAAAACGGUCUCUAGAGAAUGUAAACCGAAUAAUUCCUGGUGCUACGGGCUAUGCAAUAGAGCCAAGAUUAAAACAAAUACAAGACGAAAAUGCAGGCCAUAUAUUUCGAGAAACCACAUCAGCAUCAUCAAUAUCAGAUAGUAUAAAUAGGAAUAAUAAAAACCAAUAUAGUUAUAGGGAUGAGCUAAAGAAAAUUUUACGAAAUCCACCACCUAAGGCAUACAACAAUAAUGAACAUGCCGAACAAUAUGGGAAUGAAGGUGUAUGUGACAUGGCGUGUCAAACGAGAGAAUCACUAUUUGCAAGUGGAAUUAGCAGUAGUACUAAAUUGCCGCCAUCAAAUACACAAGCACCUGAAGACGUCGUCGUUGGUGUACAAGUAAUGCCAAUGCAAUCAACAUACGAUAACCGACGAUAUGCAUCGAUCACGCCAGAUCGUUUGAAUUCCACAUCACCAACAAUAUCCAAUUUAAGCACAUUUGGCAGCGGACCCAAGAAAAAUGCCAUCAAAAUGGAACAAUCAGAACUAAUGCUUGAGAUUCGAAAUUCAGCCCCUGAUGUAAUAAUCAUGACUAGUCACUGAGUUAGGCACAACACAAAAAUGAUUAUACUUGUCAACAUCACCAAAACAAUGAACAAUUUAAUGCCACAUUUAACUUUUUAAACACACCAAUAUUUAUAUGACAAGAAGAACAAAAGAAGGAGGUGGUGAAAAAGUAAAUGUAUCGUAUAGACUAUAUAACGUUAAAAAAACAUGAAUAUACUUAAAAUCAAUAAAACGUUUAGCCAAUCUAUAAAUAAAACACAAAAUUUAUUCUCUUACCAACGACAAUGAUAUAUUAUAAAUAAAAAAAAAAUAAACUGGCUCAUUAAUAUG